AUGUCCUCAGAAAACAGAAUAGAUAUCACUCAGCCCUUGUGGGAUCAAACAACUUUUGUGGGUAGAUUUCGCCACUUCGCCUUUAUCUCUAACCCCCUGCUUUCAUUGGUACCAGAAAAAGAGUUGUAUCAGGCUAAAGAACUCUAUUUUAAAUAUAAAGAAGGAAAGGAGCCAUCCGAAACAAAACUAGAGCAAGUAGUAAGAGCUAAGCAGUUAUAUGAGUCAGCAUUCCACCCUGAUAGUGGAGAACUUCAGAAUGUAUUCGGUAGAAUGUCAUUCCAAAUGCCGGGGGGAUGUCUUGUUACAGGAGCAAUGUUGCAGUGGUAUAGGACUGCAACGGCAGUGGUAUUUUGGCAGUGGGUUAACCAGUCGUUUAAUGCGUUAGUUAAUUAUACGAACCGAAACGCCAAUUCGCCCCUAACUACGAAGCAAAUGGGAGCCGCGUAUGUGUCCGCGACGUCUGCUGCAAUGGCCACGGCUCUUACUUUCAAAUUUGUUAUACAGAAACAAGCCAAGAAUCCCAUUUUAGCGAGAUUUGUUCCGUUUGCGGCGGUGGCGGCCGCUAACUGGGUGAACAUUCCACUCAUGAGGCAAAAUGAAAUUUUACUUGGUUUGGAUGUAACGGACGAAAAUGGUAAAGUUAUUGGAAAAUCACAACUUGCACCAGUUAAGGGAAUUUCACAAGUUGUUACUUCGAGAAUCGUAAUGUGUGCACCGGGAAUGUUACUCCUUCCCGUGAUAAUGGAGAGAAUCGAACCCAAGGCCUGGAUGCAGAGGAUCAAGUGGGCUCACAUUGGCAUACAGACAAGCAUAGUUGGACUAUUUUUAACAUUCAUGGUGCCGACAGCGUGCGCUAUAUUCCCACAACGAUGCAAAUUGUCAAUUGACACAAUCAAACGCUUUGAGAAGGACAGAUAUGAUGAAAUUGUGAAAAACACAGACGGAAAGCCCCCAGAAUAUGUAUACUUUAACAAGGGAUUGUAA